AUGUCUCAUCGUAUCUUCGUCAUCGGAGCCACAGGAGCCCAAGGCCUGCCUGUAUGUCGAGGCCUCACCAAAGACGGCGCCUAUACUCUCCGCGUUCUGACUCGUGAUAACAAAUCAGAGCGCGCCAAACAGCUCGCAGGGCUCGGUGACGUUGAAUUCGUCGAAGGGUAUUUUGCCAAUGAAGAAAAUCUGCGCAAGGGCUAUGCCGGCUGUUAUGGCGCCUUUGUCAACAUCGACGGAUUCAAUACCGGCGAGAAAAUAGAGAUCUUCUGGAUAAUUCGCGCUUACGAGUCGGCCAUCGAAUGUGGCAUCAAGUUCUUCGUCUUUGGAAAUUUGGACUACGCUUACAAGAAGGGAGGAUAUGAUCCCAAGUUCCGAGCCGGCCAUUAUGAUGGCAAAGGUCGACUUGGAGAGUGGAUGCUUAGCCAGAGGAAGAGCCACAACAUGGGCACUGCGCUUUUCGCCACAGGCCCAUAUGUCGAAAUGGUCACCUCUGAUCGGAGUGCCAUAGUGCCACAUGUUGUUGACGGUGUUGUGACUUGGUCUGUCCCUCUCGCUGAUGGAGCCAUGGUGCUUGUCUCUCUGGAUGACUGCGAAUAUUAUGUCCGCUGGCUUUUCGACAACCCGAAAAAAUCUGAUGGUAUGGAUGUUGAUGUUGCCAUUGAUCAUAUUACCAUUGAUGAACUUGCAAAGGCUUUCCAAAAAGUCACCGGUAAACCUGCUAAGUACAUUGACAUCCCGCACCCAACUUAUUUCGACAACACGCCUGUUUAG